CUGAGGACUCCAGCUCCCACCACCAGUGAGUUCAGUGAGAUGACCGAAGCCAUCCCCGUGGAGGCUGAUGCUUUCUUCCCCGCUAUGAACCCCGACCUCGUGACACUUACGGACAAAAACAGAAACGUGUGUCCAGGCUUUGUCCAGGGAUUCCUGCAGGAUGACCAGGAUUUCAGCUCUCCCCCGGUAUUCGAGCAGGAAUAUCUUCUGGAUGGAAGGCUGAUGGAGAAUAACCACGUGGUGGAUAAUCAGACAGACAACAGCCCGUACAUCUCCAGAGCCGAUGGGCUCCACAUCUCUGUCCAUAAGGAAUGUUCGGAGGCUGACUCCGCGUUAUCCAAUCACGCUGCUGACCGACAACGGAACUGCGCCAGCGCCGAGGUCCACAACGGAGCCAAAAUGAAAGUGUCUUUCUGCGAAGAUCCCCCCGUGUGCUCGCCGAGCCAAGCCGAGCGGGACGCCGAUUGGUCCGUUCUUAAAUCCGACACAGAACGCCGUGACAGCAGCCAGAAAGCCGAGAACACGCAGCCCAAAGAAGAACCAGAUUUAGUCAUCGAAGUGGGCGGGCAGACCAUCAGUGCCCACAAGUCCGUCCUGGCAGAGAAGAGCGACUACUUCAAGGCGCGCGUGUCGCGGAACAUCCUGAAAGUGAAGGGCAUGAGCUACAAGACUUUGUCUACGCUGAUAGACUACGUUUACACCUCUCAGAUCAGCGUCAGCAAGGACAAUGUGGUCGAUGUCAUCACGGGGGCCAAGAUCCUGCAGAUCCCCUGCGCCGUCCAGGCGGCCAUGGACUCCAUGUCCCAGCAAAUCAGCGCGGAAAACUGCUACGAGAUUCUGACCAUCGCCAAGAAGCAGCGCCUCAGCGAGCUGAAGGAGACGGCCUACGGGUUCAUGAGCGACAACUUCCUGCAGGUCCUCAAAGACCCGGCGGUCUACGGGCGUCUGACCGGCUCCGAGAGGGACCUGAUCCUGAAGAGGAGGGUGGACGGGCGAAAGACCCUGAUGGUUGCCGAGAUAAACGACGUGUUUGAUCGGGUCGGAAGCCGCCCCCCGAGUCGCUGCGGCAGCAGACCACAGAGCCCCCUGUCUUUCGGAUCUCUGGAAGAAAACCGUAUGAUUUACUACUUCAAUGAGGCGGAAAACGACUGGCGACCCUUGACUGUAAUGCCCGAGGACAUAAACACUAAAGGGUGCGGGAUCUGCACCAUGUAUAACUACCUGUUUGUGGCGGGGGGGAUAAAGGGCUACGGAGAAAAGGGCAAGGUCUCGGACAAAGUCUUCUGUUACAACCCCGUAACCAACCGCUGGGCCCAGGUCCGACCCCUGAACCAGGCGCGCGCCCAGCUCAAGCUGGUGUCUACGGAUGGGUACCUGUACGCCAUCGGAGGGGAAUGCUUGUUCACGGUGGAGAGGUAUGACCCCCGGAUGGACCGCUGGACGACGGUGGCCCCGCUGCCCAAGGGAGCCUUCGCGGUGGCCCACGAAGCCACCACCUGCAGCGGGGAGCUCUACGUUUCGGGGGGCUCCCUCUUCUACCGCCUCCUCAAGUACGACCCCAAGAGGGACGAGUGGCAGGAGUGCCCGUACAACAACAGCCGCAAGAAGUCCGCCGACAUGGUGGCGCUCAGGAGCUUCAUCUACCGCUUCGACGUGAACCGCGAUCAGGGGAUCAACGUCUUCAAGUACAACACCAUCGUGAAGAUGUGGCACGACUGCGCCUCGCAGAGGCCGGGCAGCCACCAGCCCUUCCGCUGCGCCGUCAUCGGGAACUGCAUCUACUGCGUCAACAAGAGCCAGACGCUCCAGUUCGUGGUGGAGGAGGAGGACGCCUUCUUCGUGGAGGAGCCGCUGAGGGCGCCUGUGGAGGCCAAGGGAGUUCUUUUUCCUUUCGUCCUCAGUUUGCCGGAGAAACACGAAAAAGUCGCAAAGCCCGCCUGCGAUUCCGAAUAA